CGACAACGAAACAAAUCACAAAUUUUUGUAAUAAAUAUAUAAUAACACGUCAAUUCACAAAUAUAUCGAAUCGAUCGAGAAAAAGCUGAUGAAGCAAAGCUGCUGCUCAAUUCAAUUCAAGUCAAAGUCAAAGUCAAUGUUUCAACGCGUUGCGCAUACGCCGUGUGUGUUUUGCUCUAGCUACAAUUUCCAACCAUAAAACAAAAAAAGGAAAACAGACAAACAAACACUUUGCGAAAAUCGUUCAACAAUUUUUUUGUGUUUUGUGCUUGUUUAUUUUAUUCUUUUUUUUUGUCGUCUCAACACAAAAAUCAAAGCCAAGUUUUUUUUGGAGAAAAAAUUUGCGAGCUUUUUUUUUUUGUAGAUAGAAUGUUGAAAAACGCGCGCCUUUUGCUUGGCGUUUUCAUCGUGUUUGCCAGCCUCAUAGCGGAUACACAAGCAACAGCGAACUAUAAUGACACCAACUUUCUGGAAGCAUCGCUAAGAUAUUUGGAUGAACAGCUACUAUUCGAUAUACUGCCCAGGGCAACGUGUCCUGGCGAGGAGGCCGAUGCGCCGCUCGAUGAGUUUGCCGAGAUAUUUACGGUGGAACAACUACGUCAGGGCUGGGUAGUAUUGCAUGUGUUUGCAGCCAUCUAUUUCUUUAUAUUGCUUGCGAUUAUUUGCAACGAUUACUUUCUGCCCACCGUCGAGUGCAUCUGCGAGGAUCUGCAUCUAUCCAAGGAUGUGGCGGCAGCGACAUUUAUGGCCACAGCCACCUCAAUGCCCGAGUUUUUUACGAAUACGAUAAGUACAUUGAUACUUGAAUCGGACAUGGGUCUGGGCACGAUUAUUGGCUCUCUAAUGUUUAACACAUUGGGUGUUGCUGGCCUCGCAGCCCUCUGCAUCAAUAAGCCAGUGCAGUUGGACUGGUGGCCUAUAGCUCGUGAUUGUGUUAUCUAUAUCUUCAAUACGAUCGUAUUGCUGGUGCUCGCUUGGGGCGGUAGCAUUAGCUUUGUCGAGUCCUGCAUUAUGAUGGGUUUCCUGGUGCUCUACUAUCUGAUCACAUUCAACAACAACAAAUUUAUGCCUGCAAUACGCGUCUUCAUCGAGGAUCGCAUGAACUGUUGCUUCUCCACGCGCUACGACCUAACGGAACCGCCAGAGAAUAGCGCCAAAGCACAACUGCCUUUGAAAAAGGAUCCACUUUCAGGCGAUGGCCUUUUUGUGAUCAAUUUCCCAGAGAAUACCUCUUCAAUGUCUUCGACAGCCAACUUAACACACUCAAAGAAUUGGAAUGGCGAAGAUGAAGAAGAGGAUCAAAUGCCCGAUAGCAUUUUUGCCUAUCCCCAUCAUGCGUCACGUUUUAUGAAAUGCUGGUGGGUCUUUGUUUUUCCCAUCAGACUGUUGCUGCGCGUCAUCAUUCCGCAUCCGAUGCGUCAUCGCCGUCUAUAUCCCUUGUCCUUUAUCAUGUGCAUUAUCACAAUUGGCGCGAACGCUUAUCUUAUUGUCUGGAUGUUAACGGCGUUCGGUGUGGCCAUUCAUGUGCCCACAAUUGUAAUGGGUCUCACAUUUCUUGCCGCCGGCUCCACGAUGCCCGAAGCGGUCUCCAGCCUGAUUUCGCUGCGCAAUGGUGAAAGUGGCAUUGGUGUAUCAAAUUCAUUGGGCGCCAAUUCGUUGGCCAUUUUGUUAUCGCUCGGCGUGCCGUGGUUUGUGAAAAACUGCAUGAACUAUGGCACUGGGGAGAAGCAGCAAGUGGGCACCCAGGGUAUCGAGUACAAUAUUAUCAUAUUGAUAUUAUCGACAAUUGCGCUCUUCAUUAUAUUGAGCUGCAGCGGUUACCGACUAACGAAACGCGUGGGCGUCGCACUGUUUGUUGUGUACACUGUUUUUAUAGUACUGCAAAUCCUGAUCGAGAUGAACGUGUUCUUCCCGCUCGUUUGCAGCAGCUAGUUCCGGUUCACCAAUUGCAACUUCAGUUCCAGUUCAAUAGCUUCGUUCAUUCGAGUUGGGAGUUUCAUACUAUCGAGCUUCUGGCUGGCACCAGAACAAUUGUCAUUGAAUGAAAUUCCAAUUCGCUGAAUGUCUGCCUGCUAUGUUAUCUACUCCAACAACUGUAUUGAUUGUGUAUACGACCUGUUACACUAAUAAUUUCAUGUAUAAUGUGUAUAUAAAGAGUAUCUGAUGAUAAAAAGGUGCUUGUGACACGAGUUAGUUAGUGCCAGCUACUUGUAGAGUUACCACCUAGACAAUAAGUGGGCAUUACCUAACCUCAAAGUUUGUGAAACAUUUGUCAUAAGGAUAUUUUUUUUUCGUGUUUUGUUAUUUUAGCUUAGGUACUCCUUAAGACUGUCUACUGUUUAGGUAUAAAUACACGAUUAUUUAUAAACAACAACAACAACAACCACAACAAAAAACAAACCCUAUUCGUCACAAAAACAAAAAACAUUCCAACUGGUACCAAAGCGCAAUAUUCUAUGUACUUAAAUAGAUCGAGCUAUAAGCUCAAAGCGAAUUACCACUAAGAAACCAAAAUGCUAGUACUAUAUAUCUUAACUAUCUAUAAGUGCCCUGCGAUAUUUAUGGCCCUUGGCUAGACUUUCCUUAAUUAUGUUGUAUAGUAGAUAUAAUGAUAGUAUCAAAAUGUUGAUAUUUCGUAAUGUGUAUUAAGCAUUAUUGUUACCGUUACCUAAUUAUCUUUUGUUAUUAAUUUAUAAAAUACAUUUAAUGACCAACAUUACCAAUUGUUUUUGUUUUUU